AUGAUCUCCAACAUCCUCCCUAUCGCCGCCCUGGCUGGCGCCGCCAUGGCUGCCUGCCCCCUCUCAGUCGAGAUUGCUGGCGCCAACGGUCAUGUAACUGAAGUCGCUGUCACCAACAAUGGCAACGAGGCCGUCACUGUCUUCAAGGGUAACACCGUUUUCAGUGAACAUGCCACGUUGGAUCUUGCGCUCGAGGCCGAUGGUAAGGCUCUGCCAUUCGAGGGUGCGUUUGUCAACUACAAGCGCAGCAACAUCGCCCCUGAGAUGUUCCAGACUAUCCAGCCUGGCGAGACCAUCACGGCUUCUGUCAACGCUGCCAAGACUUACAAGCUCGCUGGCAUUGCUGAGGCCCAGGCUACGGCUGUUCAGGGUUUUCACUAUGUGACUGGAACCGUUGCUCCUGCCAACUUGAAGGAUGCUGCCUUCUGCGAGAGCGUUACGUCCAACCCUGUCACCAUCACCCCCGACCAGGAGGUUGUUGCUGCUGAGCACAUCUCCGCCAGAUCAGAGGCAACCUUUGAGUCCCGCAUCAAGAAGAGGGCCAUCACCUACAGCUCAUGCUCAUCGAGCCAGACUUCUUCCCUCAAGACUAGUGUCAACAACGCCAUCUCGAUGUCAACUGCUGCUAGAACCGCCGCUGCUUCCAGCGCAGACUACUACACCACCUGGUUCAAGUCCACCUCAGUCCUGAGCAAGGUCCAGUCGAUCUACCAGAAGGUCGCCGGAGUGCAGACCACAUCGCCCAAGAUCUCUUGCACCGACACCUACGGUGACUGUGCCGACGGCUCCGCGCUGCUCUACACUGUCCCCAGUGACAACGUCAUCGUCCCCUGCCCCAACAACGGCUUCUGGGGUUUCCCCGAGUUGGCCUCAACCUGCUCGGACUUUGACUAUGACCGAGCUGGCAGUAUUCUGCACGAAGCCACCCACUUGUACGGUACCAACGACUACGCUUACGGCCCGACUGCUGCCAAGAAGCUCUCAGCUGCCCAGGCUGCUGCUAACGCUGACACCUACGAGAUGUAUGCCGGCAGCGUCAGGCUCGGUGGAUGCAACUAG